ACCCGAUCCGAUGGGCGGGCGGAGUUGGAUUCUCCAUGCCAGGGACGGCGGAAGCACGGAUCAAAUCGCAAGUCGCGGUUGUGAUCAAGAUAGGUGGAUAAAGAUAGAGGCAUUCACCUUCGUCGCAGCACCCAAUACGAUUGAACACUCCGUUGCUGCUCCACCAUGGCCACGCCUGCGAGCGAGAGGACUCCCCUCUUGAAGGGAGCCGGCCAGCAGGCGACUCCCGGCGGUGCCACAGGCGAGGGCUCCAAUGGAGCGGCGAAUGCGCCUGCAAACGACCAAUCGCAGGCGGUGAUAACGAUGCCCCCGUACAAGACGCUGAUCCCUGUGCUCACAGCGCUGUGGGUGCCGGUGUUCAUCUCUUCACUCGACGGAACCAUUGUGGCAACUCUGGUCGGCUCAAUCUCAUCGUCAUUCAACGCAUCCGAGCAUGCGUCCUGGUUCGGCACGACCUACCUCCUGGCUCUCGUGUGCGUCAACCCUACCAUGGGACGCAUGGCCGAUCUGUUUGGCACACGGAUAAGCUCCCUCUUGAGCAUCGCACUCUUCUCGGUCGGAACAUUGACGUGUGCAACUGCUCCCGGACUCUCAAUCUUCCUCAUCGGUCGAGUGAUCCAGGGUGCUGGGUCUGGAGGCCUGACCACUAUCUCUAAUAUCCACAUGUCCAAAAUCAUCCCUCUGAGGAACAGAGGCCUGUACCAAGGUCUGACCAACAUCGUCUUCGGUCUCGGCAGUGGUAGCGGCGGGCCCGUAGGAGGCCUCGCAAAUGACUCUGUGGGCUGGCGGGCAGCGUUCCUGAUCCAGCUCCCGAUUCUAGCCAUCGCUGCUGUGCUAUCCGUUUGGUACGUCCACGAGGUGCCUGCAUUUCCCAAUCCCAAUCUGUCUCUGCCUCUUGGAGCCAAGAUCAGGCGAAUCGAUUUCUUGGGAUCGCUGUCCCUCGUCAGUUGUGCGACUCUUCUCCUCGUACCUCUCUCACUGGUCUCGGGCUCUGGCAGGUAUUUCAGCGAACCUUUGAUCUAUGCUCAACUCUUAGGAGGCCUUCUCAUGGGCAUAGUCUUCCUCUGGAUCGAGGCGCGUGUCGCUGCUUACCCAGUGCUACCUCUGGGCUUGCUCAGGGAUCGUACGGGUGCUUCCUGCGCCAUCACCAACUUCACCCUCAGCGUCACGACCUUUGCUACGCUCUUCACCUACCCAAUCUACUUCCAGGUGGUGCGUCUGACCUCAGCCACCAAUGCUGGACUACAUCUCCUACCAUACAGUGUUGCACUAGCAAUGUCCUCUAUGGCAGCUGGCUAUUGGAUGCGACAUACAGGCCGCUUCAAGAAGUACAAUACCGUCAUGUCCUUCAUGCAGCUCCUUUCGGCUGCACUCAUUGCCAUGUUGAAACCGGCCUCGCCAGAUUGGCUGACCUACCUUGUUCUCUUCCCGAUGGGAUGGGGAGGUGCAGGUGUGCUGGUCUGCAGCCUGAUCGCCAUUAUCAACAAGGUUCCCAAGGAGCAGAUGGCAGUUGCGACGGCGAUGACCUACCUCUUCCGUACAACAGGCCAGGCACUGGGAGUGUCUCUCGGCGGCUUCGUGUUGCAGUCUACCCUAAAGCCCGAGCUGGACAGGCGAUUGGGUGAUGAGCACCUGGUAGAGGAGAUUCGGCAUGCCAUUACCUUGGUCAAGAAGUUGCCGCCAGACGUCCGUGACCAGGUCGUAGAGGCCUUUUCAAUCUCUGUCAGAAAUGUCUUUCUGGUGCUAUGCGGUGUCUCUGCAGUGACUGUGCUGGGCAGUCUGCUGAUGGAGGACAGGGUUCUGCCGGACCAUCAGAAGGGCAGCGCAGAAUCCGACGAGGAGAGGCCAGGCGACGGCGAGCGUGAAUCGUAACAAUCUAGACUCUCAUCAUCUCAAAGCAAUAGACGUCACAUGUAUCCCCCGGCUCCUUGAGCGCUGAACUGGAGUCCCCCGGAACGGAGAAGGCGCUGUACUCGACUGGACAGUGCGACUAAUUAAUUAUGGAAGUUGUCGAGCGAUGACGCGACGCUCCCCUCCACGCCGCGCCACUUUUCUGAGUCAGCCAUGCGGGAAUCAAAGGCAGAGGCGGAGACCAA